AGCAUUCAGAUAUGAGCGGUAUCGCACUGUGGUAGCCAACUAUCUGGGCGAGCGAUCGGCGCGUCGCAUUGUCUCAGUCGUGGUGGAGAUACAGGGUGCUUGGUAGAAGGACGACCUGAUAAAAGAUUACAGCGUCCCAGUAUCAGUUGAUCCGCCGGCGCAGGAACACCUCGACUCUCGCGAAGGCGGCAUCUGACCGACAUGCGACUCAACUAAUUGAAUCAAUUCAACGAAUGUCUUCCGUCGCUGAUUGCAGCUCCCCAGUGGCGAGUUCGUGACAUAGUGCACCGCUGUACGCGACUCUAACCGUUGUGAUUGUGUUGUGAGGAUGGACUGGUGAAGUGAACAGUGAAAGCCUAAGUGAAGUGUUGAACCAGGAUAAUUUCUCGAAUCUUAAAAAACUUACAAGAUGCACAGAUACAAUAGCAUUAUAUUUGCGACACUCCUUUGGGUGGCAAGUGUCAUAGGAAAGGAGAUGACAGACAUCGAGGCUUUAGGAGCGCAGCCGAGCCAUUGCACGUAUGAAUACGCUUAUGACAUGUACGGAGCCCACUGUGCCGGCCGGCGACUCGGCAAGAUCCCGAAAUUGAGAACUGGCAUUGAGAUUCUAGACUUCAGUGACAAUAAACUCCAAGAGCUGACUUCUGAAACAUUAUCAAGUUACUCCAGCAUCAAGUUCCUGUACCUUGCCGACAACCACAUCUACACAAUAGACGAAGACGCGCUCUCGCCGCUCACCGACCUGCAGACCCUGGACCUUUCUAACAACGUCAUACUAGAACUACCCAACUCCAUAUUUCAGCUACCCUCACUGAGAAAACUGUAUCUCAGGGGAAAUCCCAUAUUUCACAAGUCCAGUGAACUUACGAUAGACAAACCUAUUAAAGCACCACUAGAUCUUUUGGACAUAUCGGACUGCAAGAUGAAGGAGUUGCCAGACUGGGGCUAUCUCCCUCAGCUAGCUUUCUACAACAUCUCCCACAACCCCCUGACGUCCCUUAACACGGAGCACUUUACCGUCAUGUGUAACCUCGAGAAAGUGGAUCUCACAGAGUCCAUAAAUAAUAUGAAGCUGUGCAGUAUCAGAUCCACAGUAUUAUGGUUCCAAGAAAAGCGAGUGUUUUUCCAAUUAGAAGACUAUUCGAAGCUUAAUACUAGACAGUUUCAAAACUGUCCAGUUCCAGAAGAUUCAGGAAACUUCAAUGCGACCUACCAUAGGUGCAAGGCCGAAUAUUUACAGGUGCAAAGUAUAAAGACAUCGCGACGCACGUGGUUGACGAUAGGUGGCGGUCUGGCCGGCUUCCUCGUCGGCUUCAUGCUCCUGCUGUACGUGAUGCACAGGCAUAACGUCGCGCAAACCAAGACAACCGCCGAGAAAUUAAAACAAGCGAAGCCGGCUAACGACCCGGAUAAGAACGCAACAGCUGUACUCCUUGGUGACGUGUCGUAAUCACACAUCUAGAUUAUUCACUCAUUUCCCUGUAAGCCAAACGUUCAGAUAGUGUGGUAAUCAUUUUCAUGCCAUGUACGCAAUACGUACAAAAGUAACUUGAUAAGAAAUGAAAAUGUCAAGAUACGGCCGUCUAUGAUUGUGAUUUACGAUUGUAAUGCGUUCCCAUUUAGAUGUAAAUGAAAAUUCAGGGCAUAAAAAAUCUGAAUGUAAUUAAUAGUUCUUUUUUGCAUUUAAUAUAGCUAGUAAGCAUGAUCUUUUUAAAUGAGUAUCGUGUUAUUCAAAGAUCAUUGUAUGCAUUACGUCACUUACCGUAAAAGCGCCUUUAUGUCGAGGCAACAAGGUUCACUCUUGUAUAUUAUUGUUACGAAUGUGCGGUGUUCUAUACCUUAGUAAACCUUACUACCUACUAUCACGUCUCAGUACGAUUAACUGUAAUAAAAGUUAGUUUUUUUAAGAAAGUUGUAUACUUGUAUCUCUAUUAUUUAAUACAUUGAAUAUUUAAGGAUAACAUCAAGGCUUUAAAGGCUGACUAGUUGUAAUAUUGUGCCGUUUAAAAACCAUUUGCUUGUCGUCAUUAGUUACAAAAUUAUUAUGCAAACUUGUGAUCUAUAUACACCUUUUUAAAAAAGGAAGUUUGUAAGAUGAUGAUGUUUCAUAAAUCUCUGAGAAAUAACAUUAAUAGGUAUAUUUAAGAAUGUCAAUCUAAUGUAUUUCAGCCUAAGAACGUCUUUAAGGUUCCAGUGGUCCAGUCAAAUAAACGGGACUCGCUUGUAAUUUAAGCUUAUAAUAAAAA